AUGGAGAAUAGUCUGUUGCACUUGAAGGUUAAUUUUGAAAUCAAUGGUGUCAGAUUCAAUGAAUUUAGCGAGUGCAAUUUAUAUUUGUUGAGGGCUAUAGAAGAGGACAUAUGCUCUUCUACAAGUAUUGAGGAUGUAUUCAAGUUUCCUGGGAUUGCUUUCCAUUUCCUGCCGCUGUCUCAACUUAAAGAUGCUGCGAUAUGUAGACUUGUAGAUAUCAUUGACGAUAAUCUAGGCGAGAUUUAUUUGAAAAACUAUGGAAAGAAAUGGAAAGAUGCAAAGAAAAGGGAAUUGAAUGAAGCAGGAAUGGUAAUAGUUAGUAUCACUAGAGAUGAUUCUGGUCAAGUAGAAGGGUUUAUUUCGUUUAAGAUGUGUUUUGAUGCUGAUGAAAAAUUUGUAUUGUACUUGUAUGAAAUACAGCUUGGUAAAAAACUUCAAGGACACGGCUUGGGACAGAGUAUAAUGGACCAAUUCCAUGAAUAUGUAGCAUCCUUACAACGGUCAUCAAAUAAACUCUAUCAGAAAUUAAACGGUACUGCAUUAACGGUGUUUUCUGAAAAUGAACGAGCUUUUGCGUGGUAUACAAGAUUGGGGUAUAAAUUUGCAGAAUGCUCGCCAAUGGAUAAAACUAAACGAGAUGGCACGGUUAAAAAGCCAAAAUUCUAUUUAAUGAAGAGACACUAUCGAGCGACACUAUCGAGCAGAGCGAGAUAG